GACUGGCUGGGCGGGGUAGUGGCAGUGGCAGCGGCAGCGGCAGCGGCGGAGGCUGCGGCUGCAGAGGCCACUGGGGCGCCGACUGGGUGGCCGGCGACCCUCUCUGCCCUCGUGCAGCCUCUUCACACAGAUCCGCACUCCCUGGGCAGCGGGGACCUCGGUGCUCAGCCCGCCAGCGAGCUGCGGUGGGCACACCCUGGAGCUGCGGUGACAGCGGACAGGUUAGAGUGGGGGCAGGGGAGGGCGCGGGAACAGCCCAGGGCCAGAGAAGGAGUCCAAGCCGGACAAUCUCCAGCCAUGUCCGACGAGGCGUCGGCCACCACUUCCUACGAGAAGUUCCUAACCCCGGAGGAGCCCUUCCCGCUCCUGGGACCCCCUCGUGGCGUGGGCAUCUGCCCCAGCGAGGAGCCAGGCUGCCUGGACAUCAGCGACUUUGGCUGCCAGCUGUCCUCCUGCCAUCGCACCGACCCGCUCCACCGCUUCCAUACCAACAGGUGGAACCUAACUUCGUGUGGAACAAGUGUUGCCAGCUCGGAAUGCAGUGAGGAGCUGUUUUCAUCAGUUUCUGUUGGAGAUCAAGAUGAUUGCUAUUCCCUGUUAGAUGAUCAAGACUUCACUUCUUUUGAUUUGUUCCCUGAGGGGAGUGUCUGCAGUGAUGUGUCUUCUUCUAUUAGUACUUACUGGGAUUGGUCAGAUAGUGAAUUUGAAUGGCAGUUACCAGGCAGUGACAUUGCCAGUGGAAGUGAUGUACUUUCUGAUGUCAUACCCAGUAUUCCAAGUUCACCUUGCCUACUUCCUAAAAAGAAAAACAAGCACCGAAAUUUAGAUGAACUUCCUUGGAGUGCAAUGACAAAUGAUGAACAGGUGGAAUAUAUUGAGUAUCUGAGCCGAAAAGUCAGUACUGAGAUGGGCCUUCGGGAGCAACUUGAUAUUAUUAAAAUCAUUGAUCCUUCUGCUCAAAUCUCCCCUACAGACAGUGAGUUUAUCAUUGAACUUAACUGUCUCACAGAUGAAAAACUGAAGCAGGUCAGAAACUAUAUCAAGGAGCAUAGUCCUCGCCAGCGGCCUGCGAGAGAGGCCUGGAAGAGAAGCAAUUUUAGUUGUGCAAGCACUAGUGGAGUGAGCGGUGCCAGUGCCAGUGCCAGCAGCAGCAGUGCCAGCAUGGUCAGUUCUGCAAGCAGCAGUGGGUCCAGUGUUGGAAACUCUGCUUCAAACUCCAGUGCCAACAUGAGUCGAGCACACAGUGACAGCAACCUGUCUGCAAGUGCAGCAGAGCGGAUUCGGGAUUCAAAAAAACGAUCUAAGCAGCGGAAGUUACAGCAGAAGGCCUUUCGCAAGAGGCAGCUGAAGGAGCAGAGGCAGGCCCGGAAGGAGAGGCUUAGUGGGCUCUUCCUUAAUGAAGAAGUGCUGUCCUUGAAAGUGACUGAGGAAGACCAUGAAGCAGAUGUUGAUGUUUUGAUGUAAUAAGGAUGAAUUUAUCAGUGUUCUUUCUAAGCAUUAUUCUAUCCUUAUUGGUUUACAUGCAUCUUGACCAAAAUUUUGGUUAGGGCUGUGCUGAUAUACCAUUAGUAACUUAGGCCAGUGAUUCUCAGAGGGUGGUCCCAGGAACUACAACUUUAGCAUCACCUGAGAAAUUUUUAGGAUUGCUUACUAUCAGCCCCCCACCAGACCCAGUGAGUCAGAAACGCUGGGGGAGUAGCCCAGCAUUGUGUUUUUCAACCAGUGCCAGGCUGUUCUGAUGCACAUUCUGGUUUAAGAACCACUGGUUUAAGUAAAUGUUUUGACUAUUUAAACUUUAUGGUAGUUAAGUGGGUUUUUUUCAAAGACUAGUACUUUUUAGGAGAUUUUACUUCAUGGUACUGCUGACAAGUAGUUUGUUAUAUACAUGUGUAUAGAUCAUAAUUCAGUCCCCCUCCCCUUUUUUGUGGUGCUUGGGAUCAAACCCAGGGCCUCACGCAUGCCAGGCAAGUGCUCUACCACUGAGCCAUAUCCCUAGCCCCUUAGUUCCCUUCUUAAUGUUAAGAUUUCUUGGUUUACUUUUUCUAAAGGGCCAUAGCAUAAUUCUCAAUUCCUUGUGGGAAUCUUUCUUGAAGCGGGGGUGGGGUAGAGUAGGGGUGUGUGUAAAGUGUGGAUUGUUGUUUACUAUAGUGCCUUCAUUAGAUUUAGUUCUAUUUGUUUUCAUUCAUUGUUAACUCAAAGGUGUAAAAGAACAGGCCCUACUCUUUUUUUCCAGUUAGGUUUUUUGUUUUCAUUUUUCCCUUUAGGUAAAAUUGAAUCCUUUCUGCAAAUGAUAACUACUGAGGAUAUAAUGUUAGUAGUAGCUGAAUUGUAGACUUGAUACUGUUGAUUCAUAUGCAAGUAGAGAAAGCAAUUAAGCAGAACAACUGAUUCUAUUUUCCCAUUGCUUUCUGAAAUUUUAGGCUGCAAAAUUGUCUCAAAGAUAAAAAAUCUCUCUCUUCUCGCUCCCCUUCCCCUUAUCAUUCUCUGUUUCUCAAGUUCUUUUUGUGGGUCAUUUUUCAUCCAGCACAGCUCUAAUUUUAAAAUAUUUGGUGUAACAGCUUCAGGCAUGUGAACAAGUUAAUGUUCAAAAUUAACUGAUGACAGACAGCCUUUAGACUUCUGCUAAACUUCUCUAUAAAUUGCUAUAAGUAUACAGAUCAGUGAGUUACAGAAAACACCUUAAUUUGUUGGUUAUUAAUAGAACUCUAAAUUUAAAUGUGAAGUCAUGUAGAUUCUUUAAAUGUUUUCACAGAGAAUUUAUUACAGAUUUAGAAAUAGAGUGAUUCCUUUUCUUUUACUACAUGUCUUUGAACACGCACAUGAGUUAAAGAAGAUGGAAAGUGAUACUACUGACAAUCAAGCUGCUUUUCGACUUUCAUAAUUUUCUUUUUAUAGUGAAUAACAUUUAGGAGGUAAUCUUGAUUCUGUAGGAAGAGUCAUAAUCAAUAUUUUUUUAAACUCUAGAGUCCAGAGGUUAAUAGAAUUUCUACUUCUUUUUAACAUUAGCUCAUUAAAAAAAAGAUCAACUUAAAUUCUUAAUUCUCAUUUGUUAUAAGGCUUAAACUUCACUGUAAUCAUUUGUUUUGAAAUUUUGAUUUCAUUUUGAUUCCUUGUAGGUUAAAGAAUUGAAACUGAGGGUUAAAUUAAUACAUUGCAGUUUUGCAAGGUCUGUGAUUUAGUGGUAACCUUUUGAAGACUACUUCUAAAGUCAGAAUGUAAAAGUUUACUAAAAUAAAAUCAUAUGUGUAUCUUUCUGACUUUCCUUUUACUUCCUCUUUGGUGCCCCUACCCAGCUUAGAGGACUCAAAGAGAGCUGGGAAAAGACCCCAGACUACUUGGAAGAAGAUGGAAAAGAUAAACCUCAUUGUUUUCCCUUCCAAGUAUAGGAAGAAGAAAGGGAGAGAAGAGCAAAUACAUCUGAAUUCUCUACCUGCUUUUAGGAAAAACAAAAUCCAACAGACUUAUUGCCUGCUCUUUAUCUAUGAUUCAAGGAAAAUAGGCCACAUUGGGAGACCAAUGUGAGCAGCAUUUAUCUGUCACAUACUUGGAAACUAUUUACUUUAUAUGGUGACCUGUAAAAGAAAAUCCCAGUGGUCACUAAGAGAAAUUCCUAAACAGGGUCAUGAUGUAAUUUUAAGACCAAUUCCUGUAUUCUCCCCAAAAUCACGUAGUUUUAUUACCUUAGAUUUAACUUAAGUCACUAUUAAACAAAUUUACCAAAGUGCCACAAAGCGAAUUUUUAAAGUUUGUAAAGGUUUGGUUGUUUGUAGAAGUGUGUCAUAAAAUUUUGUGUAAAUCUGGAUGCACUAUCUUUACUAUAAAUAGAGCCAACCCAUAAAGAGGAUUUGGAAAACAAUAAAAUAUUUCUUUCAUUAAAAAUAAAUAAAUAAAUAACUUGAACUUGCUUAUAAUCUAAGAGGAAGACUACCAAGUCUUUCUCUAUCCCUCCAAAAAAGAAGCCAGCCCAAAAAGAAAUGAUUUUUUUCUUUUUAAUGCUUCAUGUGGAUAAUUAAAGUUUGAAUGAUCUCUUUCUUGGAAUAAGUAAUUAUUUAUUCAAUCUGUUAUCUCUCUAAGUUCAAAUAAAAGAAAUACAACUCAGUAUUUAUCCUUCUUAAAUAUAAACCCUUAUUAACCAAUUAGGGUUAAGACAAGGCUUAUUUGCCCCAGUGUUGGUUCCCAUUUGUACAGAACUGACAUUGCUGCAAAUAAUUCUCCUCUUUAAAAAAUAAAACUUGUUAGCAGAGUGCAUGCUAAAGUUCCCACAGACUUUCCAGAGACCUUUGAUUAGAGAUCUUAUAAUGAAUGGUAUUUCAGUCCUUACUGCUACUUUUAAAAGCAUGAACCUUGAGUUAAAUAAAAUGGUGUGUAUUUUUCUACAGUUUUGCAACCUAUUAAAGGAAGACAGUGUGCUAUAAUGUGUAGUGGGGUAUAAAGGGCUAAUUCAUUCUUUCUCAACAAAAACUUAAAAGUAAUACUUGUCUCAUAUUUUGUUGGAUGUGGCAGCUUAGUUUAAUUUCUUUGUCCCUUGGGUAAAUUAGAUAUUGCUGAAUUAAUCUCAGAAACUGACUUAAUAAAAUAAUGACUCUUCAUA